GGAGGAGGAGGAGGAGGAGGGAGCUCACAGCGGCAGGUUUCAGCUUUCAGCGCAUACCACACUAAUAGCACCCAAGUACACUAAAACACGGGCUAAACGGCCGACCCGGACCUACGCGGACUACAUGUGAAACUUAAGCGGACCUGCUCGGGUCUUUUCGGCAGCUGUCGCGUGCGCGGAUCGCGAGGAUUGUAGCCGUGUGGACGUGGGAAUGCUUCAUCCUCCUAUCCGUGGUAUGUGGACCGGGGAGCGACCAUGUUAAUAGGGAGGUGAUACAGGGUUAAGCUGGCUGGUCUGCUCCAGCUCCGAGAGCAUCAAGGAGACGGCUGAUAGAGAUCCAGAGAGAAGCACUUCCUGGAACGGAGCCUCCGACCCACCGACAAGCAGAACCGGAAUGAUAUCUUGAUCUUUUUUUCCUGACAGUAACAGCGUUGGAGAUGAGUGGGGGGGCAUAAUGGCCAAGAACAAGGAUGCACGCCCCCCAGCAUUUGCCGUCAGCGUGGUCGGCCUCUCGGGGACAGAAAAAGAGAAGGGCAACUGCGGUGUGGGCAAGUCCUGCCUGUGUAACCGCUAUGUGCGCCCUGACGCGGACAGUUACCACUCCGAGCACACCUCAGUGCUCAGCACAAUAGACUUUGGGGGGCGUGUUGUCAACAAUGACCACUUUCUGUACUGGGGGGAGGUGUCCCAUCGAGUGGACGAGGGUUUGGAGUACAAAAUCAACGUCAUUGAACAAACAGAGUUCAUAGAUGACCAGACAUUUCUUCCCCACCGGAGUACAAACUUGCAGCCGUACACCAAACGAGCUGCAGCAACAAAGCUUCAGUCGGCAGAGAAGCUGAUGUACAUCUGCACUGACCAGCUGGGGCUGGAACAGGACUUUGACCAGAAGCAGAUGCCUGACGGGAAACUGAACAUCGAUGGCUUUGUCAUCUGUGUUGACGUCAGCAAGGGCUGCAAUCGGAAGUUUGAUGACCAAAUUAAGUUUGUUAACAGCCUCUACUCUCAGAUUAUAAAGUCAAAGAAACCCAUUGUUGUUGCUGCCACUAAAUGUGACGAGUGUGUGGACCAGCAUCUGAGGGACCUGCAGGCUUUUGUUGCCAACAAGAAGAAUGUAAUGCUAAUUGAAACAUCAGCCCGAUGCAAUGUUAACAUAGAGCUGUGUUUCAGUGCACUUACUCAGCAGCUUGAUAAAACUAGAGGAAAGCCAAAAACGGUGCCAUACUUGGAGGCCUUCAAGGUCCAGCGACAGUUAGUGGCCUCUGCAACAGACAAGUUUGAAAAGAUGAUACUAAACACAGUGAGAGAUUAUCAUACAACCUGGAAAACUGUGACAAAUAUUCUGAAAGGGCAAACAGACUAUGAAGAGUUCAUCACUUUGGAGGGCUCCAGGAAAGCACAUAACAUGUUCACAAAGCACAUUGCACAACUGAGGCAGGAACACAUUAGAAAGAGGAGGGAGGAAUACCUGACAACACUGCCAAAAACCCUCAGCAACCUCUUUAAUAACCUAGAGGAGGUUGAGCAACUUUCGUGGCACGAGGCGCAGAGCAUAAUUCGCAAUCGCUCUGAUUUCCAGUGUUGGUUCGUAUUACUGGAGCAUACUCCUUGGGAUGAGACGGACCACGUUGACAGCAGUGACCGCCGGAUACCCUUUGACCUCCUCAACACAUUUGAUGCUGAGAGGAUUUACCAUAACCACGUCCAGCACCUAGUGUCAGAGAAAAGACGGAUGGAGAUGAAAGACCGCUUCAAAAAGACACUAGAAAGGGUUCAUUUUAUCAGCCCGGGUCAGUCCUGGGAGGAAGUCAUGUGCUUCGUCAUGGAAGAUGAGGCCUACAAGUACAUCACAGAAUCAGAUAGGAGAGAUGUUUACUGUCGACACCAACAGGAAAUAGUUGAAAGGGCCAAAGAGGAUUUUCAGGAAAUGCUUUUUGAGCACGCCGAGCUGUUUUACGACUUGGACCUGAAUGCGACCCCGAGCUGCGACAAGAUGUCAGAAAUUCACAGUGUGCUGAGUGAGGAGCCCAGAUACAGAGCGCUGCAGAAGCUGGCCCCAGACAGAGAGUCACUUCUUCUCAAACACAUUGGGUUCGUGUACCACCCCACAAAGGAGACAUGCCUGAGUGGGCAGAACUGUGUGGACAUUAAGGUGGAGCAGGUUUUGAUGAACAGACUAGUGCAGCUCGACCACGGGCGCUCAAAUUUCUACUACAGCAGCGCCAGCAUUGACAAGAUCAACCUCUGCCUCCUGGGAAAAGAGGGUCUCUCACAGGAACUAGCCAAUGAGAUCAGAGCUCAGUCCACAGAUGACGAAUACACCCUCGACGGCAAAAUUUACGAACUGGAGCUUCUCUCUGUCGACGUUAACUCCACGCUGCUUUUCAGCCAUACAUGGUUAGCCACCUUUAAACCACACGGCUGCUUUUGCGUGUUUAACUCCAUCGAGUCGCUAAACUCCAUUGGAGAUUGCAUAGGCCGGAUCAGAGCGGAGCUAACGCAGAGUCGAAGAGAGAAGUUUUCUCCGCCUCUGACUUUUAUCCUCAUUCUCGCAAAUCAGAGGGACAAUGUUUGCAAAAACAUACCUAUUCUAAGGCACCAGGGCCAACAGCUGGCCAACAAGCUGCAGUGCACCUUUGUUGACAUCCCUUCUGGAGCGUUCCCUCGGAAAUUUACCGAAUUCCAGAUCAAGCAGGGCCUGAGAGCAGUGCUGGAAGCGCUCAAACAUAAUGUUGACGUCUUUGCUCCACUGCCCUGUAUAAAAGACAUGGCAGAGACGGACCUCAGGAUAGUCAUGUGUGCUAUGUGCUGGGACCCCUUCAGCGUUGACCUCAUCCUCUCACCUUUCCUAGACUCUCACUGCUGCAGUGCGGGUCCGCCAGGUCAGAGCAACACCCUGAUACUGGACAAGAUCAUUGGAGAAAGGCGGAGGAGGAUCCAAGUCACUGUGCUUUCCUACCACACUGCUAUAGGGGUCCGUAAAGACGAGUUGGUUCAUGGUUAUAUUCUGGUUUACUCUGCCAAACGCAAAGCCUCCAUGGCAACUCUGCGGGCCUUCCUGGCUGAAGUCCAUGAUGUGAUCCCUGUCCAAAUGGUGGCAAUUACAGACAGCCAGGCCGAUUUUUUUGAGAACGAUUCCAUCAAAGAGCUGAUGACGGAGGGGGAGCACAUUGCCACAGAGAUUACCGCCAAGUUUACAGCCCUGUACUCAUUGUCACACUAUCACAGACAGACAGAGGUAUUCACACCUUUCUUUAACGAAGUGCUGGAGAAGAAGCUGAGCAUUGAGAGUUCAUUCCUGUUCGACACCUCAUCGCGGGAGUGCACCACUGGAGCCAGUGAGGAGGUCUUUCCCACAUCACCACACAGCCGCUCCCCUGCUUACAACAGUUACUUCCUAGAAUCAGAUGAAGACAACGAGGCCCCCCCACCUUACAGUCCAAUUGGCGACGAUGUUCAACUUCUCCCUACGCCCAGCGACAGAGCCAAGUACCGAAUUGACCUAGAGGGGAACGAAUACCCAGUUCACAGCACACCUGUUGGAGAAUAUGAACGUAACCACAAAGUGCCUCCACCUGUUCGGCCCAAACCGGUUCUCCCUAAGCCUAGUGUGAAGAAGUUAGACCCAAACUUGCUGAAAACCAUUGAGGCUGGCAUGCGGAGCAACCGCAGGCCGCAGCGUGGUCCAGUCACGCACACGGAGGAUGUGGAAGCAUCAGACAACUAUGCAGAUCCUGUGGAUACCCUGCUAAAGUCCAGAGGAAUCCACAAUGAUGAUAUUUAUGCAGUGCCUGAUGAUGCACACAGCCGCCUGGUCAAAAUUAAACACUCCUUUGGGCUGCAUGGCCUCCAAGGAGGAGAGGAAGAGAAUGGGUUUGAUCGGAGGUCUCAGGCUAUCAGGCAGCCAUCAAAAUACAAGCAUCGUUCGAAAAUUCUGUUCAGUAAGACAAAGGCCUACCAGAGUAGAUUCCACUCCGACAGCGACGGGGAGGAGUCGUGUCCUGCCACGCAGAAAAAGAAAAAGGGAAGGACCCACAGAGGCAGUGAAGAAGACCCGUUACUCUCCCCAGCUGACCCCUGGAAAGGUGGAAUAGACAACCCUGCCAUCACCUCUGACCCUGAACAAGAAGAGAAGAAGAUGAAAAAGAAGAAGGCCCCUAAGACCCCGAAGGAGCAGAAAAAGCACAAAUCGUCCAAACCCCCAAAGCCUCUGUACCCACCCACCCGUAGAACGUGGGACAGUAACUACUUCGGUGUUCCUCUGCAGAAUCUGGUGACCCCGGAGCAUCCCAUACCCGUCUUCAUUGAGAAAUGUGUGGACUAUAUUGAACGCACGGGUCUGACCACUGAGGGGUUGUAUCGCGUCAGCGGGAACAAAACAGACCAGGACAACAUUCAGAAACAGUUUGAUCAAGACCACCACAUCGACUUCGUGGCCAUGGACGUGGCUGUGAACGCUGUUGCUGGAGCUCUGAAGGCCUUCUUCGCUGACCUGCCCGACCCGCUCAUCCCCUACAGCCUGCACCCGGAGCUGGUGGAAGCCGCAAAAAUGAUGGACUACACCGAGCGUCUGCAGGAGUUACAAGAGAUCGUGAAGAAGUUUCCUCCUGUCAACUACCAGGUCUUCAAGUACAUCAUCACACACCUGAACAGGGUGAACCAGCACAGCAAGACCACCCUGAUGACGGCGGAGAACCUGUCCAUCUGUUUCUGGCCCACGCUGAUGCGGCCCGACUUCGAGAACAAGGACACGCUGUCCACCACCAAGCUGAACCAGUCCGUCAUCGAGACCUUCAUCCUGCAGAGCGACUUCUUCUUCCACGGCGGUGAGAUGGCGGAGAGCUCCAGCAGCGAGGGCACGCCGCCGCCACGCUGCCACAACAUGGUGGAGGCGCUGCUGCCGCUGCAGCUGCCCCCGCCACUGCAGCCGCAGCAAAUCCAACACACCCUGCCCCCCGACCCGCUCUUGUGAGACUCAGGAGCCCCCCCGGAACCCGGAGUGCCACCUCCUCUUCCAGCUGCUGAACAUUUGCCAUGAAGGCUGGAUGGGCCGUCUGGCCUGGAAACUCCGUAACCUUCGUCUGCUGCUUCUCCUGAGCGCCCUCUAGAGGCACAUUGACCGUUUUAUCCUGGUAAUCCAGGAUUACAGGAUUACAUUUGCACGCCACAUUUCAGAUCCCGUAUCGAUGCUAACCACGCAGCAGGGUCCACCGAGGGGCAGACCCCCCCAUCCUCCUCCAGGAUCUGAGAAAAGGGAAGUGAGGUAGCUAAACCGAUGCCAGGGUCUUCGUGAAGACCUCCUGCUGCGGUGGUGGUCUUUGUGGAGACCUCCUACUGUGGUGGUGGUCUUCCUGAAGACCUCCUGCAAUGAUGGUGGUUUUCCUGAAGACUUCCUCCUGUGGUGCUGGUCUUCCUGAAGACCUCCUGCUGCGGUGGUGGUCUUUUGGAGACCUCCUGCUGCGGUGGUGGUCUUUUGGAGACCUCCUGCUGCGGUGGUGGUCUUUUGGAGACCUUCUGAGUCUUCCUGCAGAUGAAAGCACAGAAAUCCUGUUUGGACCCAAACUCAGAUCAGAUCUGGGAAACGAGGAAAUCUGAGGGCAGUUGCGGCUCGAACUGUGCUUGAACACAAAAUGACCUUUGCCACUACAUGACCUCGAACAGUGAAAGGACUGCACGUGCACGCUCGGCUCACACGUGCACACUGGGGUCACAGGUCCUCAUGCCAAUGUCACCUCUGGUUUAGUUCCAUCACCACUUUCUUUUUGAUAUAUAUUUUUUGUAAUGUGAUUUCUAACCAGCGUGUUUGUGCGUGUGCAUGCGUGUGUGUGUGUGUGUGUGUGUGUGUGUGUGUGUGUGUGGGAGCUGCCUUCUCUGCAGAGGGGGGGUCGGGGGUCCAGAAGGGAAAAUAAACAAGCAAGGAUUUCCAGACUCACCUUUCUUCCAGAGAAUCAGGCAGAAACAGAUUUGUCCCCCCACCCCCAAUCCCCAUCCAUCCAUGAUUAAGGAGAACGUGGGGGGGGGGGGGGGGUACUCCUCCAUCAUGGGGUCAGAAGCCACUUCCUGCUUUCUGUUGUUUGUUGAAAACAAAGUGCAUGUUCCUGUUUUUACCGCCUAGUGGUGAAAUAUCUUUAUAGAAAAUAAAACUCUUGGGGUGGGGUGGGGGUGGGGGGGUAUUUUCACAGCUGUUUUCAUCAAAUCAUCUCUUGCUAUCAUAUUUUCUGUUACCUGUCGAAUAGUUUUCCCUGAAUAGAGAAAAAAUAUAUAUAUAAGAAGAUAUAUAUAAAUGAGAAUAUCAAUUUAUCAUCAGCAAAAGUAUUGAUCUUGGUAGCUGAUGGGGGGGGGGUACUGUGGUUCCCAUGUAAAUGUCAUUUUUCUGAAUGGGUGUGUGUGUGUGCGUGUGUGUGUGGGGGGGGGUGCUCAGAGCUCAUCUGUGUUUGAUGAAGUUUCCUCCUCCGUUCGUCUUUCUGUCCAUCUGGAUGAAGGUCGCUGUGCUCCUCGUCGUCUCCGGUUGGUCUUUGUGGUACUGAACAUUUCAUAGAGAAAACACGUCCAUCCACCCAAACACGGAUGCUAACUUCACUGAGAUUCUCCAUCUUCGUCUUCAAAAAGUGUUUGUAGUUUCUCCUCCCUGCUUUUGUGUCGAGUCUCCGGCUGUCAGCUGGAGUUUCUGUUUUUGAUCCAGAUGGACAGAAAAGUUUUCGUAUAAAAGUCAGAAAAGGUUAUUGAAGGAGGUGAUAAUGGUACUGAACUAAACUCUAAAGCAUUAAAACAGCGGAUCACGCAGACCUCUGCAGCCACUUCUCGCCUUUCAUUUGACGUUAACCCCUGACAUCUGUCAACAGCCCUGUUUUAUGAUCUUCUGUGUGUGAAUGUGAGGAAGCAUGAGCUCCUUUCUUUUUUUAUUUUUAGUUUUUUUUGUCUCAGUUUGACGUUACGCGGUCGGGUACUGAGAGGUUCAACCUCUUCUUCACCUAAAGGAAGCAGGUUCAGCUGCUUCUGAUGCAGGAACGUUCAAGAACAAAAAGGAUUUCCUUCAGAUAAAGCAGAGAAAGUCACACAGCAACUAUUGUGAGAAGAUGAUGUGACGGUAAGCAGACUGUUAACAGCGGGAGCUGAGGCUGCAGGUGAUGAAGAGGGAACAUCUUCCUCACCGUGGUCAGCAGCUGCCGAUCCGGUUUGUAGUCCUUCAUCAGUCAGUGGGCUGUAGUUUCCUGCUGUGUGGAUCUGAUCCCAUCAGGCUCUCCAGUGUACAAACCAACUGACUUAACAUCAGCUCUGUACUAUAGUAAAUAAAAAUGAUUUUCUGAAAUAAAAACAACCUCUAUAACAUCCUC